CGUAACCGAGCGAGGAGCCUUUAUGGGAGUAGUCGGCGGAAUCUCGACGCUUUUACGAUGUGCGCCGACCGCUGGUCGCAGUAAAACAGGCGUCCGGAGAAACGUUGGACAGACGUAUACAGACGGGGAAGUUCAGCGGACGCUGUGUUUCGGCGUCACGUCGUGGUUCGACUGACUUAAGCGUUGAGCAUUUAACUUAAGCGUUAAUCGCUUGGGAAAGGGGGCGCCGGAUAUCGAGAGAGCUCGUCAGCAGUGGCCACGUCACAGGGGAUUAUUUUGUUUGUUUUUUUCCAAGAGAGAAGAAACGAAGCCACCGAUCGUCGAAAGUGCAGCAGCGCCUCCGCUGCGACAAGAGACGGCGAAGAUUUAAACGACAGAAGAGGAAACCCGCUUUCAGGUCUUCAGCCCUAAUCUCAAGGUUGCGGAUUGCUCUAUAAGAGCCAGGACAACGGUUCAGUCUGUCUGUGUUGCGUUCUCUCAGUCGCCGCGGGAUACAGCGUGUUCCUUCGCCGAAGACGUGCGGAUAAGUUUCAUUCUGUUUGAACACCAGUGCACUUGGAUUACCGUGUCAUUGACGCUUGAGCUUCUUUACUCAUCCGACGCGCUCGACAUCCAAGGAGCGGCGACACUUGGAUACCGUUUCGUCGAAGAAAACCGAGGAACACGACAGCACUACCUGCGCUGCACCACGUAUGCGCGAUAUGCAGUGACCGAGUAUCCAUCGCCCGCUCCAACCUUGAAGGCUCAUCGCAUCGUACAAACACUGAAGUUGACGUUUCGAGCGGAGCCCGAAAGCGCGUGAUCGAGCCAACGCCGCGUCGUCGAGUUUCCGUACACAUAUAUACACAGUACGCGCGCCGCGCAAGUCUCGUGUGAUCCCGCGAGAAACAACGCGGCCUUUUUGUACUUACGCUCGCACGCACGGACGUCGACUGUAUCUUUCCAGGUGGAACGUGUUCGGGGCUCUUGUAGAGUUGCUUAGCUAGCGAGCUCGAGUCUUUAUCGCCGUACUUGCAUUUCCCGGCGAGAGCGUCGGAACAGCCACUUUUUUACACAAUGGGAGCGGUUGCGUCGCGUAGCUUAGUCAAAGAUGCGGCGGCUCGCGCAGUUCGUGCUGCUAGGAUCGGCAACCGGACAUCAGCCGCGGCGUACUCGACGGGCGCCCAGCGAGAGAUCGGCGUCCUGGGAAUCCCUCUUCAUCAAGGACAGCGGAAGCUUGGAGUCGAAGAGGCACCGAAGUUCCUGCGCGACGCUGGACUCCUUGACCAGCUCAGAGGCUUAGGCUAUCUUGUCAAGGAUUUCGGCGAUGUUCGAGUAGAAGGUGAGCCAAAUGUCACCGACCACAACGCUAUCGAGUCGGACAUCGUGGGAAGGACAAGCAAGAACGUCUGCGACUCCGUGGCCGAGGUACUCCGCUCGGGCCGCGUGUCGCUCAACCUGGGCGGCGACCACACCAUGGCCAUCGGCACCGUCAACGGCCACGCCCUGGCCACGCACUCGGACCUGGCCGUCAUAUGGGUGGACGCGCACGCCGACAUCAACACGCCCGCUUCCUCCGGAUCAGGCAACAUCCAUGGCAUGGCCGUCGCUUUCCUGUUGCACGAGAUGGCCCCGUACGUCGUGAAGCCAAAGGGGUUCGAGUGGUUGCAGCCCUGCGUCCACAAAGAGAACUUUGCUUUCAUAGGUCUGAGGGACGUCGACGACUACGAGCGGUACUUCCUCGACCAACUCGGCAUAACGGUCUACGACAUGGCCGAUGUGGACCGCCACGGGAUCCGAAACGUCGUCCAGAGAAUACUCAACAAGAUCAAUCCGACAGGAACGAAAUCGCUUCACGUCAGCUACGACAUCGACUCUCUCGACAAGUUGGUGGCGCCGAGCACGGGGACGCCCGUCAUGGGAGGUCUCACUCUUCGAGAAGGACUAAUCAUCGCUGAGGAAGUCAGCAACUCGGGUCAGCUAAGAGUUCUGGACUUGGCCGAAGUGAACCUCCGGCUCGGUAGCAAGCAGGACGCCGACAACACCUUGGACUGUAGCCUGAAGGUCGUCGACGCGUUCUUCGGCAGCCAGCGACGCGGAGACCUGCCCCUUCAUCUCGACAAGAACAUCGUCGAACCGCGACAUGGGUCCUAGCUGGCGGCGAAACCUUACUUUAGAGCCGCUGUUUCUACGCUACACAAGUUGGGAAGCACUAUUAAUAAAGGAAAGUGAAGAUGCAUCCUGCGACACUGUCGACAGAGAGAGUAAAUAAAGCUUUAUAUAUUAUAUGUACUA